ACCGCUGACCUGUCGCUCUUCUCGUGGACAAAACAGCCUUUACUUACCACCAGCGUGGACACAACAGAGAAAGAGACGUGCGUUUACAUGACGACGAGCUACGUUUGAAAGAAAGAGCGCUCUCUCACCAAAACACAAACUCUGUGCUUCAGAUUUUCUAUUUCUUCGUGUAAUAGCGUCUGAUUGGGUUUCAGAAACAGACGGAGGACUAUCAUAACAACACCGGAGCGCAGGAUAACAACAGAUCCCGGAGGAGCUCGUUUCUGAUGUGAACCAGCUACAUGUCACCUGCUUGCACGCAAAUGCCACCGCUGGUUUUUCCUCAGGGUAUCACUGAAUGCUCUUCCGGAGGCAGGUUUUUCCGCUUCAUCUUCACAUGAGAUGACGGCAGACUGCUUUGGCUGUUUGAAGUGGUGUCCCUGUGGGCUUCUAAGUGCUGAAAGAACAGAAGCAGAACCCAACAGCGACAGAUAGACCGGUCUUUGCUUCAGCUCAUCUGUUGUUCUCAGGAUGGUGCAUUCAGUGACACUCUGCGCCUGUCUGUCUCUUCUGACCGUCCUCAGCUGUCAUUCUCGUGUCCUCCCCCGACUCUCUUUUCCCAAGGGUAGUCCAGGUCGCUCCCUCAAUGUCUUCAAAAACCCUGAUGUUUACAACACCACCACGCUGUUGCUUAGCAGCGACGAGGGCACUUUAUUCAUCGGCGCUCGUGAUGCCGUUCUUUCAAUCGACGUCAGUCAGAGUGAUGCAAUGACCAUGAAGGAGAAGCUGGACUGGUCUCCGUCAGAGAAAGAUCUCGCUGACUGUGCCAUGAAAGGCAAAAUGAAGAUGGAUUGUCAUAACUUCGUGAGGGUUUUGCAAGUGCUGAACUCCACCCACAUGUACGCCUGUGGAACGUUUGCCUUCAGCCCCCGCUGCAUCUACAUCAAUUCGAAGACAUUAUCCAUGGCUACAGGCCCCAGUGGUAAGCCAGAAGAAGGCAGAAGCCGCUGUCCUUAUGACCCGUACCAGAGGAACACUGCCAUAACUGUGGAUGGAGAACUGUACACCGGAACAGUGGCAGACUACAGGGGAACUCGGCCUGUGAUUUCACGCCACUUGAGCGAAGGCAGCCAUGUAGAUGUGAAACUGGAUGAUACGCUUGGCUGGUUAGAAGAUCCUACAUUCAUCCGCUCCACAUAUGUUCCCAGUGAGGAGAAGGUUUAUUUCUUCUUCAGUGAGACUGGAAGAGAAUAUGACUUCAUUGACAAGUUAACAGUGUCUCGUAUUGCCCAAGUUUGCACCAGUGAUGUGGGAGGCCAGCGUACUCUGCAGAAACGCUGGACCACCUUUGCCAAGGCUCAGCUGCUAUGUCAAGCUGGCCAAGAGCUGCCAUACAACAUCCUGCAGGACAUUGUCACCCUUUCACCACCAGAGGGCUCGUCUGAGGACGAAACGCUGUUCUAUGGGAUUUUCACUUCUCAGUGGCAAGUUAACUUGGGUCGCUCAGCCGUGUGUGCUUUCAGCCUCAAAGACAUUAAAAAGGUGUUCACUGGACAUUACAAGGUUCUGAAUCGGGACACUUUAAAAUGGAGCACACGGGUACAGGAGCAAAUAGCCAGUCCUGGAGAGUGUGGCCUCCAUAAUGCGUCGGACAACACGCUGCGCUUUGUUAAGGACAACUUCCUGGCUGAUAAAAGUGUUCAACCGGUCACUCAGGGCCUGACACUGGUGUCACCUGAUAAGAGCUACAGUAACAUCGCAGCUCAGAGAGUCCGUGGAGCACGCGGCAGAGAUUACACUCUGCUUUACCUGCUCACGGAGUCGGGCUUCCUGCACAAAGCUGUGCUCUUGAAGAACGGAGCACACAUCAUUGAGGAGAUCCAAGUGUUUGAUCAACCUCAGGCGGUCAAAAACCUCCUACUGUCAGUCUCAAAGGGUGCAGUGAUGAUAGGCUCUUCAGAGGGAGUCAUUUCAGUGCCCAUGUCCAACUGUUCAUACUACUGGAGCUGUGCUGAGUGUGUGUUAGCCAGAGACCCCUUCUGCGGCUGGGACCCUGUGAUGAAGCUCUGCACAGACAUACACACUCACGACCAUCUUGUCCAGGAUGUAGAUGGGGGAAAUGUGUCAGCACAGUGCACAUAUGUGACCCCCAGGUCACGUUCAGCCCAGUCCCGAACCCUUUCAGGUGAAGUGGUGUCCGUGUCUCUAAACGAAGUAGUGCACCUGCAGUGUCCGGGAGCAUCACACCUCGCCAAACGCCACUGGGAGCGUCUCAACAGCCAGCUCUCGCCCAAAAUCUACAUUCAGUCAGACGACGGCGGCCUCAGCUUCGUGGCGACCCCAUCCACCCUGGGACCUUACCUGUGCCAGUCUGAGGAGAACGGCUACACCCAAACACUGGGCAUCUACCACGUCAAGCAGAAGAGCAGCCCCACCGUCCCACCAGCCACCCGGAACCGCCCACACAGCACCCCGUCCACCGAAGCGGGAAUUAAAACCUCCAUCUUCACUACCAGACUCAUCACACCUACACCAACAGAGCCCAGGACUGAACCAGACGCAGAAGUGGAUCCUACAGACUCACCCGAAGAUUCACCAGCCGCCUCCACUCACAGCAGGAGCUUUACUCCCUCGCUUGGGACGGAAAAGCAAGACUCCCGAAAGACCGAGCUUGGUGAAACCCACCCGCUAACGGACAAGCCCAGCUACUUUCAGGAGCUAGUAGUGGUGUCCGUUCUGUUAGCUCUGUGCAUCAGCGCCUUGCUAACCAUCGCUUUUCACAGAUUCGGUCAUUUUUGUCAUAGCAGGACUGUCCCGCAAACUCCUUCCUCUCGCAGGGACGCGGAGAAGGGCGGAAGUGCGACGCCCCAGGAGAGAGAGUCUCUCAGAGGACACUCGUCUCGGUUGGAAAAGCGGAACGGGCAAGCUCCGAACGGACAGUCCCAUGCCGGUCAGGCACAUAACGGCACAUCUCCCAUCAUGCCGAGCAACAGCAUGCUGAACAGCUCAAACGGUCACCUGCCCAACACACCCAUCUGACACACCCGUCUGCUUCUCUGGGUUCACUGUAAACUUUGUUUCUGAGCCAAACUGGGCUUCUGCUGCAUCGAGCCCUGUCGCUGAACCGCUUCGCUUUCCAAAGAGGAAAAAACUGGUAAAAACGGCACAUCGGACCUUUUUUUUUUUGAGCUCUGAGACUCAAAGAUCUCCAACUGUUGGUACUACAGUAGUGUACAUUUUUCAAGUUUGUUCAUAUUUAUGUAAUUUAUGUGACAACUGCUCGUUUCAGUCUAAAGUGUAUCAGAUUUAUGCCUCUCUGAAAUCACAUGUAUACAAGAUGCUCAGAUUAAGAUUUGUAUUGAUCUCUUCGACCGUUUUAAUUGACAUCAAUUGUUCAAGUCAGCUCAGUUUAAAAUACACUUUUUAAAAGAAUAUUACAGUACAAAUUUUGAUGGACCUUAAAAUUAAAAGAUAAUAAAGUUUUCCCAAGAGAGACGGCUGAUCAUCGGCUUCUUUCAACUUCAGAGACUUUUAUAUUUACCAUUCUGAUCUGCAUUUAGUCUCUGCCUUUGUUCCCUAUUCUUAUCUAUUUGCAAUUUUUGAAUGUUAAGACAAGGUAUGUUAUGUUUUUUUUUUUGUUUGUUUGUUUUUUAUUCACCCAAAAAUUACAUUUUUCAUAUUUAUUCGUCCUCAGAUUGUUGGAAACAGUUUGGUUCCCUGUGACUUUUGUUAAAAAAAAAAAAAAAACCUUGAUGUCAGAAAUGGGAAUAGAAACGUUGUGGUUCACUGUUUUUAUAAAAUAUCUUCUGUUGUGUUCCACUGGAGAAUCUUGGUACAGGUUUAGAAUAACACGAAGGUGAGUAAACAUCCGAAUCUUCAUUUUUGGGUGAAUUAUCUCUUGACUGCAAAAAAAAUGAAGCUUUCAGAGAUGCUUUUCAAGUGGUUUAAUUUAAAUAAGUAUUUUGUAAUGCAUACAGUUGUGCUUAUCAGUAAUGUGCAGGUACGGGUAGAUGUUUCUCUAUCAUCCAUAUUUCAGCGUAACAAUAUCUCAAUAUAAAUAUAAUAGUCAUAUGUGUUAUUUUGGGACUGUUACAGAACUAUGUAGCUAGGUUACCUCGUUCAGUAUUGACCACUUCACCCUGGAAUUGAGAAAAGGACUUCAAAGGAUUUUGGGGUUGAAUGUUGUUCUGUUUUUAUAUUCGAAGCACUGGGAGAUCAUUGAGCCAAGCUGUUACAAGAAAAAUCAUAGUCAAAGAAACUUGAUUUUGUGUUUAAAUGUAAUGAAAGAAAAAUAGCAGUUGUGUUUUGCGUUUGCACAGCAGUAUAUUGGGGCUGAUUGUAGCUACAUCCACUAAAUUGGGAGUGACCUGCACCUGCACCUGUUUUUUAUUCUUUCCCAGCCUGUGGUUUGUCACUGAAUGGUACUGAUUUGAAGUCUUCAUUCUGGGGAAAUCCCUUGUAAAUUGUGAUACUGCCAAAUGUGUUUUAUAAUCAAAUGACGGAGAAAUUGUUCUGUCUAGUGACUGAGAGAGUAGUUGGAUAACGGAGUCCAGUCGAAGCCCAGUAUGUGAAGCCUGGCACAGGACUAGAUGCAUUCUCCUGCACGUCACUGUUUUUGAAAGAUUGUGUUUAUUUUUUUAUAGCCUAUGAUGCAGGCUGUUUUGAAAAUAAAAGAUGCUGAUUUAAA